GUCUUAGUAACAGGCACGUGAACCCGAACUGGCAGUUAGUUCGCUAGUUACCUCUUUAACUUGACUUUAAGUUUGUUAAAAUAACGUUUUCUUAGAUAAACUACGUAGGUUACUACUACCAAAUUCAUUCCAGUUGGUUGUAUUACAAGUGUUGAAUGUCGUUCUCGUACUUUCCGAAGCUUGCUUUGAAACACGGUCAGUAGAAUAGUUUAAUCAAUAUAUCCAGUAAGCUAGUUUGACCGUCAAGCAGCUGCGCUACUGUAACUGUAACAGGUCUCUCACGGAACAUGGAUCUCCAAAUCCGACAAUAUUUGACACAUGCACAAGAUAAAGACGAUACUGUAGCUCUAAGGAAAGCUUAUUCCACAAUUAAAGACGCUAUCUCGGGAAGUACACCGUCAGAAACUAGGUGUUUCCUCCCUGAGCUGUAUGUGCUGUGUGCAGAGCAGGCUCUCAGGCUGGGAUGUAAGGAGAUCACAGAGGACUGCCUAAUGAUGUACUUAGAGAGUAAACCCGUGCCCAAUCAGUUUCUUUGCCGCGCAUACUUCUGCCAGGCUCAGUUGAACUCACCACGCACUAUUGCCUCGGUGGAGGACAUGGAUAGAGCUAUAACAUACUACCUGAAGGCUAUAGAGAUAUCCAAAGACAAGCCAAGAUACCAUUUCCUAGUCUUCAAUGCUUCUGUUCUAUACCUUCAGACAGUGAGAGUUUUUCUGCGGCCUGGCUGGCAGCGGUACCUGGUCUCCUCUCUCACCCAGGUGCUCAAUGCUCUGGAGGAGGUAGUUGAUCCUGACUGUGCCUGGCGAGCUGAACUGAUGAUACUCCUUGUGGAGUGCCUGGUGGAUGCUGGAAAAGAGAACGAUGCUGCUGAUUUUUCCAAGGUCACCUCUGAUUUUAUAGAGCAGCACACACCUGAGCUGUAUCCCCGAAUUUUCUCCAUACAGGUGCAGCAUGAUCUUAUAGAUGUCACCAACAUUUUAACAAAAGCAAGUCCAAAAUUACUUGCCAUCUAUAAACUGCAGAAGCUUAAAAACAUGGAUGUGAAUGAAGGCAGAAAUGAGUCUGAUGAACUGAGGGAGAUUUUUGUCCUGCUGACUCGUUCAUCCUCGACCCAAUCACCUGCCUUUAACAGUUUUAGUCCUGACACUGAUGGCAGUCCUCACAUCCCAUCGUCUGACAGGAUUGAGCUCCUUUUGGAGUUGGCCUUCCUCUCUCUACAAUUGAAAGAGCAGUUCAUAGCUGAGGAAUGUGUAAAGGAGCUAAAGACCAUUGAUGACACAGAUGUUGGGGAGCGUAUCAUGGUGGAGUGUGUUGAGUGUGAGCUGGCCCUAGGUAAACAGAAUGGCAACAUUGAGGACUAUACUAAAAGCAGUGUGGAGGCCCAGUUAAUCGUAGUAAGCCGUUUAGAAGCAUUGCUCCUCAGGGCACUGAAAGAGGGAGAUGCUGAUGUGACACAGAGUGUGUGUGCCGCUCUCUGGAACAGCUGCUUACCUCUGCUCCAGCAUAAUCUCCGGAAGAACCUCAAACGCCCUCUGUUCACACUUUCACAAGCCCUAGAAAACAUCAAUAGCAUGUUGCUGGACAUGCGGUGUCAGAUCCAUGCUGAGCUGGCUGUGAUAGAGGAGGAAGCGGAGAGGUUGGAGCCUGCAAUGCAGCACCUCCACACAGCCCUGGACCUGGAUGAGAGCGGUCAGUUCCAACAGCGUCUGUCCUUCUCCCUUCACCUCCUUCAACUGCGCAGCAAACUUUACAGCACUCCCACACGCCCAGAGGACCAGGCAGCCAUGCUCAUUCAACAGACAAAAGAGCGACUGAGUGAUGAACCAGCAAAGAAAUGGCGCCCCACACUGGUUAGUGCUGGUAUUGCUUUGGCACCUGACACCUUCCAGAUGGUCCUGGAUGCAGACAGCACAACUAAAGUGCCAGGUAGCAGACUACAGGACAGUGUGGAGCAACUUGCUGCUAAGGCCAAGCACUACAAGACCUGUGUACAAAAAGUAGAAUGCCAUCUUGCCAGGCUGGAGAAAGACACAGAUGACCGAGAGAGGAUGAGGCUGUGGGCAUCCCUAGUCAAGGCUGCACGGAAACAGGAGUUGUGGGAUGUGUGCAGGGCAGCUUGCCGCUUCUGCCUACUUUAUGAUGACAGGAGAUGGAAAAUCGAGUGUACACAGAUGUACAAGGAAGAGAGUGGAGAGCGAGAGCUGCUGCGUCUGCUGGCUGAGGUCUACUUCAUCAGUGCGGAGGCAAUUAUUCACAAACUCCGCUCUGAGGGAGUAGAACUCAAUGACUCGCCCGUCCCACCUGUUAAGAGAGGAGUACCCACACCUGAGAAUGACCCUCAGUGGACUCUUUACAGUGACUGGAUUCAAGAGAUGUCAGUCUACGCUACAGCUAAUUUCCUGCGAGGAGCAGAACUCGGUGCAGAGCUGCAGGAGCCGUGGCUGGUGGUUAAUGCAGCCGUGUACCUGUGGAACUAUAAUAACCACAUUCUUGCCACAAAAGGGCAAGACAAGCUUGUACCCACAUUCAGCCAAUUGGUGGAGCUACUCAAACAGACAGGCCAUGCAGGGGAAGUGGUGCUGCUUGUCCUGUUGUGUGAUGCUGUGGCACAGGGUAUCAUCCAACCUUGCUGUGGGACAUCUGGACAUACUAGUCAGGAGGAGAAGCAGCCUCAGGCUAAGGCUGACAAGACUAAGAAAAAUGUGAAGAAAAGAAUGGAGAAAUCAGGCUCCACUAAUGCCAUUCCACUGGAGGCAACUGCUGUGCAGGACAUCAAGAAGGCUCUGCAGAUGUGCGACUAUGCUCUGUGUCUGUCCAAUGGGAAUGAAGAGACAGUGCCAAUCAUGGUUCGAAAGCAACUUCUCAGCACAUGGGUAAAUACCAAAUGCCUGUUGCAACAGCAGAUUGGACAGAACCUCGACAUUGAUGACAAGUGUAAAAAUGAAGCAGUGAAGGCCAUGUCACGUGUACUGGUUGGAGUGGAGAUGCUUCGGUGUAAUCGUAACCAUGGACUGAUGGAGUUCUCUGUGCCCAGCCUUACAAUGCUCGUGCAAAUAGCAUCUGAUUGUAAAUGGUCUGAUCCUGUGGUGGAGCUUUAUGCAUGGUCUCAGCUUGCUGACUUUGCCCAUCGGAGCACUGAUUAUGACCUUGUUAUGAUUUGCACCCAGAAUGCACUUCAGCUGGAUCAGACUGCCAUCCAUAAGGCAAAGAUCUCACUGUGUAACCUGUACAGCGAGAGAGCAGUGCAGGAGAUGCUGAGCAGUGCUGCAUGUUUGAGAGGACUGAGCAUGCUUCAUAAGUCUUGUGGCCAUCCUGCCAAAUACACAGAUGCUCUUGCCAUGCUCCAGACUAGCAUCAGCUAUGCUGAGCAGGCAGGUAGCUGGCCUCUCUGUAGGACUGCAGCAAGGCAUUACUGGAACUCCUGCCUCCCUCUCUUGGACACUCCUGAACAGAGACAGCAGCUCCAAAAACCACUGGAGCUUAUUGUGAAGGCUCUAACCCACACUUACCCUCAACCAGCCAGUGUGAGAAAUAGAGUAGUGGAUGCUCAGAAGGAAAGACGAACAGGACCUGCAACCUCUGCACUGGACUCAGACUCAAACAGUACAGCCGGAGAUGACCUGGCAGUGAGAGCAGCCAUGUACAACGUGAUGUUCCAAAUCCAUGUAGACAGUGGUAAUUUGAGGCGUGGUCUGCAGGUCCUGGAUCAGGCCAUCAGAGAGAUGCCUCGCAGCCCUCACAGACUUACCCUCUAUAAGCAGCGGGUGCUGGCGAAAGCUCAGCUAGGGGAGAGCAUUGAGCUGGACAUGCACAAGUUUACAGAGUGUGGAGAGGUUGCCUAUGCUGUGAUGUGGCAUCGCGUGGCUCUGUCUACCAGAGACACACAGCAAAAAAUUCCCUGUUAUGAGAACGCAAUCAGUAAAUUACAGAGUGCUGAUAGUAAGUGGCAUAAGGUGGAUUUACUACUGGAAUUUGCAGAGUGGCUGUACUGUAAUAAUUUCAGUUUGACCGAUGCACAGUUGCAAACCCAGUCGGUCAUAGACAUACUUCUCUCCUCUGGUUUGGAUAUGAGUCAGAGUGACAGCAUCCGGGAGACCCCUGGUCAGGUAGAGGCAGUUGUCCCAGUCCACACUCCGUCUCAGCGGAGUGUAAAGUCUCCGAUGUCUGCGCCGACUCAAACCGAGCCGAAUGAUGUGCGCACUCUAGAUAUCCUGGUGCAAGUACACACAUUAAUGGCUCUCAUGGAGUCCAGAGUAUCUACCAAGUACCAGCAGUACCUGUUUCAAGCUUAUCAGUAUGUUGUGAAGAUCUGGCAGGUGUCCAUGAAAAUGGCUCAGGAAGCCGUCAAAGAUGUGUUAAAGACUUCUGAUGUUCUGUCUCAGCCUGUGCUAGCAGACAGCCCCAAAAAAGACAAGGAAAAGGAGAAAGAAAAAGAGAAAAGCUUAAAGUCUAAAGAGCCCUCAAGUGUUCAGAAGAAGCCCAAGGUCCCAGGUUUGGACACUUCUUUUCACUUAAGCCCAGAGAAAUGGGCUCAGUUUGAAUGCCCUGAAGUGUUUCGGCAGGCCUUCCAACAAGACCGCAGCCCUUGCUCCAUCAACAGCCACAGUAUCAGAGUGCAGAGGCAGACUCUCUUCUAUCUAGAUGUUCUGGUGAAAGAGCUGGAAUCCAUCUCUCUGACACUGUUGACCCUACCUCCUUUGCACCUGGCUGAGGUCAUUGCCCAUGAUGUUUUGCUUAGCAAGAGCCAUUCUGACCUUUACCGCCUUAGGAUAGUGAAGACCUGUUGUGAACUGGGGCUUGACUCUUCAUCACCCUACAAAGAAGCACUACUGAGCUUUGCUCAUAUUCCUGAGGAUGAGCAGAUGUUAUGUCGAAAGACAGUUGCUCUUGAAAGGGAAAGAGCAGGCCCUCAAACAGAGGCUCAAGUCAACAAGACACAGGAGUCAACACCUCCUCGCAGUGUGUGGGGUGUAGCUGAAGGCAAUGUGUGCAGGAAGAGGCUGAGUGGAUGCCCUGUACAGGAGCUGUGGAUGGACAAGGCUGCUGUGUGCAUCAGUAUGGGCCUGAACCAGCCUGCUAGAAAUCUUUUAGCUGAGGCUCACCUGGUAGCCAAGGAACUUGGAGACCAAACCACACUGGCUAAGAGUUUUUACCUGUUGGCUGUUUUGGCCAGUCAGGAGCAGCAGCAUGGCCAAGCUCUUGCUUUAUUGGAGCAGGCUCAGGAAAUUGGCGGGGAUGAGGACUUCUGGUACAACCUCAUUCAGAGCCUCUUGAACACCACAGCACAACUUGAUGGAGACGACAUUUACACACAGGUAUGUCAGAUCACAGACACAGCCAUAGGACUCUUUAAGUCUGCUCUGGAGCAAAGACCGAAUCGAGCCCCAGUCCUCCACUUCUAUAUCGCGUCAUUGCAGGCCACAGGUGCAGUUCUGUGUCGCCGGUCUCUGAGAGUCACUUGUCCUGGUCACAGUGUUAGUGCUGAGACAGUGAAGAAGCUGAAUGCAGUUUGUGACACUCUGAAAGACAGUGCUGCAGCAUUGCGCCAGCAUAGCUACAAGACCCAUGCUGCAGAGACAACCCUAGAGCAGGCAAACACUCUGAGAAUGCUAGCCAUGCUCACUUCCAUAAAAGAAGAGAAACAGCAGUACUUGCUUGAUGCCCUCUCACUUACACAGCAGGCUGUAUCCCUUCAGGAGGAAGUACUUUCCAAUUGUCUCAGGCUUCUCCCAACUCAAGAGGGUGGGUGGUGUAGGCUGCCUGCCAUGCGUGUGUCUGUGCGUUUUAGGUUAGCUCUGUCUGACCUUGGUUUGUUCAUGAUGGAGAUGCAGUGUGAGGAGGAGAAGGCCCAAGCAACAAUCCAGAGCAGGAUGAGUUCCACUGAGCGAGCUGUGGAUGACUAUAUGAGGAGCAGCUCAGACCUUAAUGCUCUACAGAGGGAAUGGCUAACCAUGGGUCAGUCUGUGGGUCAGCUGACCUUUACCCAGCUGACUGUUGUCCAGUCUCUCAUGAAGGACUGUGUUGAAACCAGAAUGCAGACGCUUGGCAUGCUGGGAAAGUGCUUGAGGCUGUUAUCACUGCAAAGAGAUCCACUCUACCCCACCUCUAUGCGGAACAAGCCAAUCAAGAACAAAAGGAAGACAAUGCAGCAGAUGCUUGAGCAGGCCAAUGAAACUUUAACUGAGGCUUUGAGUCUUGGGCUGCAGCAAAACCUGCCUGAGCUGCUCUCAUAUGUCUGCGAGGAGCUGCUGGAGUCUCACAGCCAGAAUGACCCAGCUGCCUUAGGCCAGUACCUCGCCCUGUUACAGAGCUGCGUGUGCUGUACUGAGAUGUACAGAGUGCUCAGUGCUGCUUGUUGGGACAGCAGUCAGUCUCAGGUAGCUGCUCUUCUGGGUCUACAGAAAAGCCUGAAGUUCUCUCAAGCCAACCACAACAGCCUGCUUUCAGCCAUUGACGACUCACUCCACACACUGUCCAAGGCCUACCAGCACCUGAUUGUAAACCCCAACCACUUGAGCUUCCUGGGAGAAUUGCCACCCAAUCUCAAAAUCCUGCUGUUGCAGCAUACUAAAGACGGUUCAGUGCUCUAUGGGGCUUUUUAUGAAAAGGCAAAGUCCUCUGAAAAUCAGAAAGUUAAGAGUAUGCAGACAGCAGGUGGGAUAGUGUGUUCCAGAGUGGCCAAAGCCCAGGUGCAGCCUUCUGUCCUGCUCCAACUCCGAGAUCAAGCCCAAGCCUUCCGACAGCUCGCUGCACAAACCAUGAUCAAAGAGUCCUGUUGGCUCAGAAAUGCUGCACAGACUAAGGAUUACACACAGCUGAAACACAACACAGACCGAGAGUUAAGGGAGCAUUUCCAAGCUAUAGUUAAAGGAAUGGAGGACUAUCUGCAUCCUGUCCUCUCUCAGUUUGACUUCUCAUGUUUCAGCCAGUGCCCUCAAUCGAUAGUCAUCGAUGAGGCAACCCGGGCCAAAGAUAAAGAAGAGCGAGAGGCUGCAGAUAAAGCUUUGCCUGAGCAUGGCGAGUGUGUAGUGGUGUUAGCAGACACUAUGUUGCUGGAGUUACCAUUAGAAGCACUUGUUGUUCUGCAAGGAAGUGGAGUCAGCUCCAUCUCACGGGAUUUCUCCUUGCAGGUCCUUCACACACGUCUCCACAGAGAUGAGCAAGUUGAAAGUGACAACAAAAAGGAGAGAAAAAGUGCCAAGGAAGCUAAAGGAAAAGGAAAUCAAAGCAAAGCCAUCAAAGUGGCACCAGUGAGCAGGGUCCUACCUGCGCACACUCUUUCAGUGGAUUCAAACAAGGUCAAAUAUCUUGUUGGUCCACACAAUGAUGGAGGAGAUGACAGAAGCAGUCCAGCAGAGACCAUGAGAAAGAUUCUAGACAUGUACUCACAACAGUUCACAGCUCACUGGGAAGGAGUCAUAGGAAGUGAACAGCACUGUAGUCCUCAAGAUUUGGAGCAUCUGCUGACCAACUGCAGUUCUUUUAUCUUCUAUGGUGGAGAAGACUUUCUCACCUGCAUUUCUCCUGACAGAUUGGCCAAUCUCAAUCUGAGCGGAUGCCAGUUGGCUGUCAUCCUUGGCCUGGUUCAUAAAAGCCCUAGUAUGUGGCAUCAGUCUCAAUGGGAUAUUCAGAAAAGUAAGGCCCACCUUGCUCUGGAGACUCCUUUAGAGUGUAUUUAUCUGCUCACCCUCACUGGAGUUCACUCCGUAAUGCUCAACCAGUGGUCCAGCAGCACCAGGACUAAUGCACACAACUUGGAAGCUAUCAUGGAAAAUCUCCUGAAAACAGGACUGACAUCUGGUCAGGCUGUCCAUACUUUGCAUAUGAGAGCAUGUUUGUCUCAGAGAGAGCCGGAAUAUGUUCUGGAUGAGAAUGAUGUACCAGGCUGGAAUUCACCCUCUGCUUUCAACGUCAUCAUCUAUGGAUUACCUAAUUUAAUUGUUACCUGAUCGCAUGGGACAGUCUCAAUUCAGGAAACGUACAGUGCAUCCGGAAAUUAUUCACAGCGCUUCACUUUUUCCACAUUUUGUUAUGUUACAGCCUUAUUCCGAAAUGGAUUAGAUUCAUUAUUUUCCUCAAAAUUCUACAACAAAUACCCCAUAAUGACAACAUGAAAGAAGCUUGUUUGAAAUCUUUCCCUCGAUCCUGAACUGUCUCCCAGUUCCUGCCGUUGAAAAGCAUCCCUACAAGCAUGAUGCUGCCACCACCAUGCUUUACUGUAGGGAUGGUAUUGGCCAGGUUAUGACUGGUGCCUGGUUUCCUCCAGACAUGAUGCUUGCCAUUCAGGCCAAAGAGUUCAAUCUUUGUCUUGGUCUUGGUCUGAGAGUCCUUCAGGUACCUUUUGGCAAACUCCAGGCGGGCUGUCAUGUGCCUUUUACUGAGGAGUGGCUUCCGUCUGGCCACUCUACCAUACAGGCCUGAUUGGGGGAGUGCUGCAGAGAUGGUUGUUCUUCUGGAAGGUUCUCCUCUCUCCACAGAGACAUGCUGGAGCUCUGUUAGAGUGACCAUCGGGUUUUUAGUCACCUCCCUGACUAAGGCCCUUUGCCCCCGAUCGCUCAGUUUGGCUGGGUGGCCAGCUCUAGGAAGAGUCCUGGUGGUUCCAAACUUCUUCCAUUUACAGAUGAUGGAGGCCACUGUGCUCACUGGGACCUUCAAUGCUGCAGAAAUGUUUCUGUACCCUUCCCCAGAUCUGUGCCUCGAUACAAUCCUGUCUCGGAGGUCUACAGAUAAUUCCUUGGACUUCAUGGCUUGGUUUGUGCUCUGGCAUGCAUUGUUAACUGUGGGACCUUAUAUAGACAGGUGUGUGCCUUUCCAAAUCAUGUCCAAUCAACUGAAUUUACCACAGGUGGACUCCAAUCAAGUUGUAGAAACAUCUCAAGGAUGAUCAGUGAAAAUAGGAUGCACAUGAGCUCAAUUUUGAGUGUCAUGGCAAAGGCUGUCAAUACUCAUGUACAUGUGCUUUUUUUGUUUUUUAUUUUUAAUAAAUUUGCAAAGAUUGCAAACAAACUUCUUUCACAUUGUCAUUAUGGGUUUUUGGGUAAACAUUAAGGUUGUUUGUAGAAUUUUGAGGAAAAUAAUGAAUUUAAUCCAUUUUGGAAUAAGGCUGUAACAUAACAAAAUGUGGAAAAAGUGAAACGCUGUGAAUACUUUCCGGAUGCACUGUAUACUACUACAAAGAAUGUUGAAAAUAAUUCAAUAGUAUUACAGUCCCAGGAUAAAAUAUUGACAUCAGACCAAAUACCUAUUGUUUAGCGUUCUCUAUGUUUAACACAUUUGCAUACAAAUCUACAUCACGCUGUCUGUUUUAUGCCUCUUAAUAAAAAUUCAUUUACAUUAAA